AUGUUUCGUUUCAACAUUUUAAAAGGUAUCUCUCGUAGAUGUGAAUCCACGAUAUCAUUUGGUAAAAAGGAUGCCACUGGUACCAUUUUAAGCAAUGUGAUUAAACCUAGUGCUUUGGGUAGUAAGAGAACAGAUAGGAAAUCUAAUGAAAAGAAUGAAAUUGUUAAGAAAUAUGUAUUGCAUUGUAAUUUCACUAAAAAUAAUACACAUUUCACAUAUUGCGCAGUAAUGGAAGAUUUAAAUUUCCUUCAAAAUAACGCACAGCUAUCAUACAACGACAAACUGUUAUAUUAUAUGAAAUUACCAUCAAAGGUCAGAUUAAAGUUAUCCACUGGUUGUUUGGGUUUUAGAAAAGCUGCAAGAGGUGAAUAUGAAGCUGGUUUCCAAACAGCAAACAAGAUCUUUCAAAUGAUUCAAGAAAAGAAUGUUUUGAAUAAAGAUAUUGAGAUUGUCAUGAAGGAUUUCGGUAAAGGUAGGGCUGCAUUCAUAGCGGCUUUGAAUGGUAAAGAAGGUACAGCUAUUAGAAAAUACGUCAAGAGUGUUAGUGAUGCUACACCAUUAAAGUUUGGUGGUGUAAGAUCUCCAAGAAUCAGAAGAUUAUGA